UGAGACAGUUGACCGUUUUCACUGUGUGCACGCAAGUCUCCCUGAAGCAGGGAGACCUCUGGAGGGGCUGAUUGCCUUUCAGCUGCAAGCUGGGCCAUCUGGGCUGUGGAAUAAUCUUACAUGAGAAACUAUAAAGCAGCAGUGACAGAAAUUCAAAUACUGACAAAUGAGUGACUUAUUCCAUAUGAGAACAACUGCCUGCUCUAUUCCUUGGCAAGAAAUUUGAAUGCAAAAGGGUUAACGUGGGGGGAAGAAAACAUUUGGAUAUAUUUUCAACAUGAAUCGUGCUUUUAGCAGGAAGAAAGAUAAAACAUGGAUGCACACUCCUGAAGCCUUAUCAAAGCAUUAUAUUCCGUAUAAUGCAAAGUUUCUUGGCAGUACAGAAGUGGAGCAGCCCAAAGGCACAGAAGUUGUAAGAGAUGCUGUUAGAAAAUUAAAGUUUGCAAGACAUAUCAAGAAAUCUGAAGGCCAGAAGACUCCCAAAGUUGAAUUACAAAUCUCAAUUUAUGGUGUAAAAAUUCUAGAUCCAAAAACAAAGGAAGUCCAGCACAAUUGUCAACUCCAUAGGAUAUCAUUUUGCGCUGAUGAUAAAACCGACAAGAGAAUAUUUACUUUCAUAUGCAAAGAUUCAGAAUCAAAUAAGCAUUUGUGCUAUGUAUUUGACAGUGAAAAGUGUGCAGAAGAGAUAACUUUAACAAUUGGUCAAGCAUUUGACUUAGCUUACAGGAAAUUUCUGGAAUCUGGAGGAAAAGAUGUUGAGACAAGAAAACAAAUUGCAGGUUUACAGAAAAGAAUUCAGGAGUUAGAAACUGAAAACUCAGAACUGAAAAAUAAAGUUCAAGAUUUGGAAAAUCAGUUAAGAAUCACACAAGUACAUACAUCACCAGCAGGCAAUGUGACACCUAAAUCACCCUCCACUGACAUCUUUGAUAUGGUUCCCUUUUCUCCCAUAUCCCCUCAGUCAUCAACACCUACUCGCAAUGGCACGCAGCCUCCUCCAGUACCCAGUAGAUCUGCAGAGAUCAAGAGAGACCUUUUUGGAGCAGAACCUUUUGACCCUUUUAGCUGUGGAGCAGGAGAUUUCCCUCCAGACAUUCAGUCCAAACUAGAUGAGAUGCAGCGUCAGCGAUGGAGGGGUUCAAAAUGGGAUUAACUCUUGAAGGCACAGUGUUUUGUCUUGACCCACUAGACAGCAGGUGCUGAUGGCAAGAAACUAAAAAUGAAAUUAUCACACAGUGUUCUUUAAUUCCAAACAUGUAUUCACAAAUAUUAUCCACGUGCCAAAAAUUGGUUUUCAACAUAUUAACUCUUGUAAGGUUUGCUUCUGUAAAAUUUCAACUUAGUUCCAGUAUUUCCCUGUACAAAUGUAAAAAGUUGUACUUGUUUACAAAAUAUGAAUUAAAUUAGUGUUGUGUUUCUUUCUCUUAUGCUUUAGCCUGAGUUUGCUACACUUUACGAUUAUUAGCCUGGGAAAGUUUUCAGAAAGCUCAUACAUACCUCUCUGUUAGUAGACAUGCAAGCACGAUUUUCACUUAAUAUUUCACAUGGUGAAAUUUUGAAAUGAAAUUCUUAAGCCAUUAUUUAAUGUCCAGGCAGUAAGAUCAUUAAUAUCUAGUUUAAAAAAAAAAUUUUGAAUUGCAAUGAAAGAGCAUUAAUAUAUGCUUAAAAGAUUAAUCUGGAUGCCAUGUAACUAAGUUCUAUUGCUGUGUAUAGUUAAUAUGCGAUAUAUAUGUUACUAGUUCAUAAAAUGCAGAAGAUUUUUAGGUCUAUAACUCACAUUUUAGAAACUAACAAAUUGUUAGUCUGUUAUUGGCAUUUAAUGAUGAGCAUAGAAGGAAUGCUGAAUUGCAGAAUAGACAAGUAAUUGCCCACUGGUUUGGUUUUUUAUACUUGAGCUGUAAAGUGUGUAAUUUGGAAUUCAUUACAUAAUGAUCAUAACUUAAAAAUAAGAUUCUGAUCUUGCAGUGACUUAGAUUUUUGCAAUUUUAUGCAUAAGACGACACUCUCUUUACUGGCAUUAUUCAUGUAAGUUACUUCCAAUACCUGAACAUUUAAGUCUAGGUCUGUUGAAUAAUUUUUUCCACUGUCUGCUUUAAUAUUAAAUGUCUUACUAUAAUUUAGAAGCUUGCUGCAAGAAUUCAGUGUAAGUCUUUGAUACCCGCUAUAACUGAUGUUACAGGAAAAAACUGCACACCAAAAUUUUCAGCUGUUUGAGUUUAAUGGUAACUUGUCUAUGCAUACUCUUCACUAAUCUUUAACAUAAGCAAUAAAAUGACAUCUUACACUCAUCCUAGAGAAGUAUUAUCAUUAAUGUUUUAAUGCCCAAUCUCCAUAUUAAUUAAAUUCAGUUCUUUGAAAACUGUCUUUUUAGAUUUGGAAAAACAAGAUUUCAGAGAUUUUUUUGGAUAUUUUGUUUCCUUUUGAGGAGAGAUUUUUUUGGUGAUACUUAGGGUUUUGAUCUUAGGGGCUACAGUUUACACAAAAAACGCAUUUUGUAAAUUUGCUUUUACACAUGUAUCUUUAUGCCUUGUUCAACAAAGCACUUCCACAUGUAAGUUGAAGUCCAAUUAAAUGAAUGGCAUUACUCCUUUGCUUAAAGUUUGACAUACGCUCAAAUACCUUGCUGAAUGUGAGCCUUAAUGUUCUACGUUGUUAGUCUUCCUCUUUUAUUCUUUGUUCAGCAUUCAUAUAGAGUAUUAUAUAUAUAUAUAUAUAUAAAAAUCACUAACAAGUAGAAUAGUAUAUGUUUCAUAAAGAAAAGUCUUUAUAAUUGUUUGUCAUAUGGUAUUUUGGAAUUUGUAUAAUGAGGAUGUUUAGUAGCUAUAGCAAUCGCCUUUUUUAACAAAUAGAAUUUGUAUUUUUAUUGUAUUUUAAAAAGCUUUACAUAAUGAGCAUAUAUUUAGUGGCCAUUUAUUAUCAAUGGUAACACAAUACUAAGAUAAUAUUUGCACAUUUUAAGAAAACCUUUUCUUUACUGAUUUGUAUGAUAGUUGACUGCAAAUGGCAUGGUUAAAUAUUACGUAACUGGCCAAUCCGUACAGAAGUACUUAACACAACAGUGCAUUUUUAAUGUAAAGGUUAAGUGAUUUGGUUGGAAAUUGUAUUUCUAUGUAAUUUCAAAUGUCUGUUUAAUUUUGCUAAAAUAAAUGUUUUUAAAUAAAUUGCAUCCCUGAACAUAACGUUCAUUCAGCAAAACGCCCUGGGAGGGUGGGAAGUUAUGUGAGUGUUGGGCAAGACCUAAUAUGAAAAGUGAUUUAGUGCUGAAAUACAUCUCAAUCACCUUAUAUACUGGAAAGAAUCUGAUCUUAACCAGUGUAAAACAGCUCCAUUGUUUGACCUUUAUUGUUGAGUAUAGCCUAAUCUGUAAUUAGGAGAGAGCAACCUUGCUCCAUAUUUAGUACCUAAUACUCCCAUUUUCCUUCUUUCCCUGUCUCUCCACAGUAUUUUGUGGACUUAAUGGACUUUUUUAUACUUAGCUACUUAAAAGACUUUAGCUGCUAAAUGACCCCAGUGGUUAUCUGAGGAUUAAAGGAGGUACUAAAGUCUUCCUGAAU